AUGUCCGGAUAUUAUAUCUUCAGUGUCCCCCUUCGACAAGCCAGCAGAGACGUCAAAGACGAAAAGAAAACUGAAGAGACAGUAGCUCCAAAUGCAAAGAGUCCUACAUAG